CUUCGUCGAAUACACAGCAAAUUGUCGGUCGGUCGGUGUGCAUGUCGAACAUUAGUAUUUGGUGUUGCCUCAGCACCAAUUUGUUUUCAGCAGAAAGUGCAAUAGCACGCCCACAAUUCAGUUUUUAAGUGCAUCAUCACUUAGCCGAGUGUCAAGCUCUUACAACCCUGACACAACGACUAGUGUAGGCAUUUAAGUCGGGCAGUUGCUGUGGCGUAUACGCAACAUAACUCACAUUUGGCGCGCCUAAUACUUGGAAUAGACACACCUUUACGUUUAAAUUUCCAUUGUAAGACCGAGAGUUUGAAAUGGCUUGUCCGUUCUUUCGCCGCAGCGACUCUUUGACGCGUCAGCCAUCGGUUUGUGCGGAGGCAAGUAACAACACUUGGCUGUUGGAGGAUGAGGAGCAACCGGAUGAUGCGUUGACACUGACACAUUUACAAAUGGCCAUACAACUGCUCACGGCACCAUCGAAUGCCGACUUGAACACCGCUGUUACCGCGCUUAUUGCCAAGUACAGCCAAAGCUGGCCGAAAAUUUCCAAACUCCGCAUUGAUUUGGGCACUUUAAAGAGCGUGCCCAACUAUGACUAUUUGGCUGACAUACAGGAUAUUCUACUGGAAAUGGAUGAAUCGAGUGCUAGUGAGAUUUUAGUGCUGUUGGGUGAAGAGUUGAUCACGUCGUGUUGUACUGGUAUAAUAGAGCGCGCCUUUCGUUGUCUUGGCACUGAUUUGCAAGAGUUUCUCGGUUCACUGGAUGGUGUCUACGAUGUGCUCAAAUUGCAGGAGGAGGACGUCACCGACACCGGUUUCGUGUGCGCCGGCGAUGGUGAAUUAAUAUUCACCUCGGAACGUCCGGUAAUCGCUUGGCUGCUACUCGGCUCACUGAAGGCACUCACACGAAUGCUAUACAAUGUGCAGGUCAAUAUUAAAAUUGAGCCUGUCGAAGGCGAUUCACGGCGUUAUCGCUAUUUAUUUUCGCUGGUUAAAGAAUACAGUGGCGGUGUCACAUCGGCAACGGUGCAGCAGCGUAGUGCUUUAGAGCUUGCCAAAGUGACAGCAGCAAUGCCAACGCAAAGGAAUAAUUCGAGCAAAGCAGCUGAUUUGGCUAUGAAUUCGCAUACUUUUUGUAAGGCUUUCCCAUGGCAUUUCAUAAUGAAUGAGAAAUUGGAGUUGCUGCAAAUGGGUCGCGGUUUUAGCAAGCUUUAUAAGCCACAUAUGGCAGAGCAUGGUUGUCGCGCCAUAACUUAUUUCGAUUUCAAGCGGCCCAAAGGUUUGACCUUGAAAUUUCGCGAUAUUGCACGUCGCACAUAUACACCAUUUUUGAUAGCGUUAAAAUGUCCACCAAAUGUCAGCGAGUUUUCGGCUAAGGGUCUCGAGAUCAAAGGGCAAAUGGUGCAUUGUCCAGAAUCAAAUUCACUACUCUUCAUGGGCUCACCAUUUCUGGAUGGUUUGGAUGGCCUCACCUGUAAUGGGCUCUUCAUAUCCGAUAUACCACUACACGAUGCUACGCGUGAAGUUAUUUUAGUGGGUGAACAAGCACGUGCCCAGGAUGGUUUGCGUCGGCGCAUGGACAAAUUGAAGAGCUCAAUUGAGGAGGCAAAUGCCGCUGUCGCUAAGGAGCGUAAAAAGAAUGUCAGUCUAUUGCAUCUAAUAUUUCCGGCUGAGAUUGCCGAACGUUUGUGGCUUGGCGCUAGUAUCGAUGCUAAAACCUAUCCGGAUGUGACAAUACUUUUCAGUGAUAUUGUUGGCUUUACAAGCAUCUGUUCGCGUGCCACACCCUUUAUGGUCAUCAGUAUGCUGGAGAGUUUGUAUAAGGAUUUCGAUGAAUUUUGUGAUCUCUUCGAUGUGUAUAAAGUGGAGACAAUCGGCGAUGCUUAUUGUGUUGCAAGUGGUUUACAUCGUGCUUCAAUCUAUGAUGCCCACAAGGUGGCAUGGAUGGCAUUGAAAAUGAUCGUGGCCUGUGGAAAGCAUAUAACACAUGAUGAUCAAGAAAUCCAAAUGCGUAUUGGACUACACACCGGAACCGUCUUGGCUGGUGUGGUGGGUCGUAAAAUGCCCCGAUAUUGCCUCUUCGGCCACAACGUUACCAUAGCCAAUAAGUUUGAGUCUGGCAGCGAGGCAUGCAAAAUAAAUGUGAGCCCCACAACGAAGGAUUGGCUUGUUAAGUAUCCAGGCUUUGAGUUCGAAUUACAACCACGUGAUCCAUCCUGUUUGCCCAAAGAGUUUCCCGACACAAGUGGCGAUAAGACUUGCUAUUUCCUUGAAGGUUACCGUCAUCCGACAUUGAGCCCACAGGCAUCGCUAGUGGAACACAUAAGUGAGGCGUUGAAGUCCAUUUCGGAGCAAUAA